AUGCCCCGCCCCAGCGUCCACUCCUACAACGCCAUGCUCUCCGGGUACGCGCGUCUGGCACUCGCGGCACCCGCUGCUGAGGUCUUUGCUGCUAUGCCGCACCGGGAGCUCGUCUCCUACAAUGCUGUUAUGCUUGCGCUGGGGCGCGGUGGCGAGGCGCAGGGAGCCAUGGAGCUGUACUCCGAGCUCCGGAACAUGUACCCUUCCCUUGGGUACAACCAUCACACCUUCUUAGCACUCCUUGUGGCCUGUGCUGAGCUCAUGGACAGGGAGCUUGCCAUGCAACUCCAUGGCCAUUUGGUGGUUCUCGGGUUCUUGUCUGAUGUCAACAUUGCCAGCUCUCUUCUUGAUGUGUACAGUAAAUGCGGUUGCGUUGAUGAUGCUAGGAAUAUUUUUGACGAAAUGCUUAUCAAAGAUGGGCAUAUGUGGACAAUGAUAGUUUGUGCAUGUGCUGAAGAUGGCCAGUUGGCUACUGCUCGUCAGCUUUUCGAUCAGAUGCCAGAGAAGAAUGUAUCUUCAUGGAAUGCCAUCAUCAAGGGAUAUGUUUUCCACGGGAAGCCUGUGGAAGCACUAGAUAUAUUUCAACACUUGAUGAGGGAAUGUUUGCAGCCAGAUCAAUUCACCUUUGGUAGUUGUCUGAGUGCUUGUGCAGCUAUGCCUAUGCAUUCACUGAAACUUGGGCAGCAGAUCCAUGGAAUGUUACUAAGAAGUGGCUUUGAUCUAAGUGCAAUCAUCAUUAGCUCACUCAUUGACAUGUAUUCAAAAUGUGGCUAUUUGGAUGGCGCCAUACAGGUGUUUGAACUAACAGGCAGGGAAAUGAAGGGUGCUAUGUUAUGGAACGGCAUGCUCUUGCUGCCAUUGCAACCUAGUUGA